CAGCUUUUGUGAGUUAAUGUCAAUGGUAGUCCACUCCACUAUGACAUGCACAUGCUAACAUGAGGCCAUCGACUAUAAUCGCCCCUGGACAGUUUUAUGUGAAUUCAUGCCUCUCAAACUUGCAAUCAUUAGUCCUUGUGUCUCUUUAUCGGGUCAAAGAUUCGGACUUGCUGCCAUCAACCUCAUAGCCUUCUGCGUGAGACCAAAAGCCAUGUCGACUCAACGCAGUGGUCAUCUAGAAAGGACAGCUCAGGAGCCACGAGAUGAGAGUCUUCUGGAUGUAAGACUUGAGCGUAUAGAUCAGGUGAAUGAGCGAAUUAGAUUGUAUCGUCUCAAACUCGAGUCGGGGCCAAUCAAGUUCUUGGCCGGUCAAUGGCUCGAUACAUACAUCCCAGGGAACCCCAAACCAGGCGGGUUCACACUCACAUCUACACCUCGCGCGGCUGCCGACCCCAAGUCUCCCUACCUGGAGUUAGCAGUACAAGAAUCUCCGGAGAACCCUCCUGCGGCAUGGCUCUGGCAGUCACCGUCCGAUAUUACUGGUUCCAAGCUACAGGUGCGUGUUGGAGGAAGCUUUGUCUUCCCACCAUCUGAGAUACCACUCAACGACAUAAGCCAUGUGGUCUUUGUUGCGGGCGGCGUGGGGAUCAACCCACUCGUCAGUAUGAUGGGACAUAUAGCUGAAGAGGGAUACAACCUUGAGGUCAAGGUUCUCUACGCUAGCAAGUUACCUGCGCAGGGCCUCAAGGGUGUUCUUUUUCUGGAGAGAAUCAGAAAAUGGUUUACAGAAAAGGAACUUAUUGGUGAUUUGAAAGUGUUUACGACAGGGAUAUAUGACGGGCAUAUCGAGAGCCGUGAACUUGAUGUUCAUGAAAGGAGAUUCACAGUUGAAGACGUGAAGGAGGCUAUGGGUGAGAAGAACAAUAGUGUGGUAUAUGUCUGUGGCCCCGCGACGAUGACGGAUGAAAUAGUUGAUGGCUUGGCAAGAGACGGUGGGAUGGACAAGAACAGAGUUAUGCUUGAGAAGUGGUGGUAGGAAUCGGCAGCAUAACAUCUGUGGAUGGAUAAAUUCCAGGAUCACGACAACCACGAAACUUCACAGGAAUCAGCCCAUCAUCUAUAUAUAACAUCUGUUUGGAGUUCACAUCUGGGAACUGCAGAUGAAGGAGCCCAUAAUGUAUCUGUUUGGUUGCGCCUUGGUAUCGUUACAAAACCAUAUAUAUAGUCACCAGCACCCAUCACUUAUGCGUCCGUAUUGUUGACCCAGUUCGGCCGUUGCUAUUGUAUAGCGUGUACCAUGUUUCGAUGGGGUCCCCAUUUAGGAGAAAAGGUCCUCGGCCUUCUGUCGUUGCUUCGAUCUCCCUCCUCCAAAUAGCUCCUUGCCAGUAUUGUUGCUACCAAGCUUAGUAGGGAACAAUUCGCGUGCGUUAGCUGAAGCAGCACCCUUAAUCGCAAAGCCCUCUCCGCUCCCCUGCUGGCUCGCCAUGCCGCGGAUGUUGAAUGAGUUACCAUCGCCUCGUGCAUUGGGCACAGAAACAAUCUUGGGGCGAUCCUCAUCCUUGAGGCGGGCUGAUCCUAUCGCUCGCUCGAGGGUAUCCAAGUUUCCUCCACCAAACUGCUUGAUCGACUUCUUGGUCGGAAACAACUCCUUGGAAUUGUUACUGCCUGAUAUACGAUCCUUAAGAUCCCGCGCUCGCGUUCUGUUCCCAGAUGAGCUAGCCCUCUCACCCAUUAGAUCAUCGCCGUCGUUAUCGCGCCUGGGAGAUGCAGAUCGGUCGCGUUGUGAUUUCCGGCCUGAAAACAAUUCCUUGCCUUGAUUCUCGCGGGCAUAUGAGCGUGGUCGUUCCUCUAUGUCUGAGUCGCGUCUUCUCCGUGUUGGGCGAGGCGCAUCAUCGUACAUGCUGGCUUCGAACGUCUCAACGUCAUCGUCAGAGGCGCGUCGUCGCCGGCCCUCGCCACCCCUAUGAUAGCCAUCGUCACGAUCCCUGUACCUUGACCGGUUUUCCUGAUUCCUGCGUCGUCGCUCCUCGGGGUCGUGCUCGGGAUGAAGGAGGUAAUAGCGGCUGCGCAAGGCAGCACCAACCUCUUUUUUGUCGCUUUGUAUGGCAAAUCUCACCUGGAGAGAAAUCUCUGGCUUCCCUUCAAAAGGCUUCGCAGGCAGAGUCUCUCCAAUUGCCAAUGCUGUGGCAUCUGCGACGGGAACAGAGCUCAAGGCAACAAUUGCAUCGCGCGCCGUGGGUUCAGAAGGAAAGAGGAGAUUUGCGGAAGAAUCGUCAAUCCACUCGAUUCUGUCGACAUCGCCGAAGUGAGCCUUGACGUAGGCUUUGAUGUCGGAUGUGUGUAGAGAGUCGACACCCUUGAUGUGGAUUUUUGUCGGGAUGAGGGUCUUUGAGUCGUCGGUCGGAGGUUCGUCUUCAGCCACCUCGCCAGGCUCUUCAGGCUCGUCAGGUUGCUGAAAGGGAAGUCAAUUUCGGAUGGCAGCAGUCUGACUGUUAGUCAAGCUUACGAGAAUAUCAUCGCGACCGACGUCGAGAAUAGGUGCGUCGUGAACCGUGUCGACGGCAUCGUCCAUCUCAAUAUCGAGAUCCAUGGUCCGUCAAGAUCUGAGGUGCGUUAAGUAUUGGAGAAAGUGUGUAUGUGACUGUGGAUGGUGCGUGGGCAGUAACUUUGUGUUCUGAACAGUGAAUCAUACAAGUCAAAGAACGCGCUGAUGAAAGAGAAGCGGUUGAAAGAAGAAGUAGAGGCUGGGAGAAUAGAAGAAAAGAUGCAAGUAUACAAUUGCGGUUUACGGUUUUGAG